AUGACAGGAGUGGCAUGUGAGGCGGCACUGCUGAGGUGCUGCAGUAAAGACCCCGACUCCGCCUCGUACGCUGAGGGCAGUGAUAUCCUACGAGCAGCGCACGUCGCUGGCUCUGUGCCCAGAGGGCGGCCAGUAGUGAGGCCACACGAUGGAAAGGCAGCCAAGCUCUCGGCGGCAUUAAUACUUUGCGCCGAGUCCCGGGGCAAGAUGAGCCUACGCAUUUUGCUCCUGGCAUCCUUAGCACCCAUCGUUCGCACUGAAGGGAACUCAGAAUCACAUGUUGGUGUGCAUUUGGAAGUGGAGAACUCUACUACCCUACAUAUUGAGUGGGAUUCGCAUAUUUUAUCCGUAUUUGAAUGUGUCCUCCUGAUCUUUGUAAAAGGAAGGAAGGAAGAUGAAAUAUUCCUCCUGCCAAGAAAUGGAAGUUUAAAGCUUACAGAUCGGAAACCCGGGACUCUUUACACCAUCAGCUUGACCUGUUUUAAUGGAAAAACAAUUCUCAAGUCUUCAAAUGUCACCGUUGAUACAGGUAUAGAACCAAGCACACAGUCCACAUCACAAUCCACAUCGAGAACAAACGCACAGUCUAAUUCAGAUGGCCGCUCAAACCAUGCCAAGUUACUCAGCUCUGAUGUGCUGACUGGAGCUGUGUUUGGUUGCAUUGGUGGUGUCAUCCUGAUGUACAUGUCCUAUUCAUUUUAUAAAAAAUGGCGACGAGAUGAAAGACUACGAGCAUUUCUAAGAAUCCAUCGAAAUGCAGAAGUUGCCCCUUACUUCAUUUUUGGUGUGAAUGAAGAAAAUGCUGGGUGAAUGGUCAAAUCAUCCUGAAGAGAGCAAUGCACACAAUAACUUUAAUGCCUUCUUUGCACGUUAGAUUUUUGGAUGAUUAAUUUUACUCUAUAGUGCAAGUCUCUUUUGGAACUGUACGUAUCAUAAAAUAAACCAAGUGCCUGUCUCUGUGUAUGCAUAUGUAUGUGUAUGAAGUAAAUCACCACCAUCCAAUAUA